AUGGCUCUCCUCAGCUUUGUCACGUCGCAGAAUUUUGAGAAGCUCAGUGUCUUCCUUCAAUGGAAGCUUCUCGUGUUGGCCGCGAUCCCCGUUGCCGUGGUAUACUACUUCAGACGGACGAAAACCACACCGGGUAUCGACAUCAAGCAGUACUCUCACUUCCCGCAGCCUGAAGAGGCCGACCCAGUGAGGGGUCAUUGGCCGUGGAUUGAGAAGUCCGCCGGUCUGGGUGAUCCUAGAAGGGCUUUUGAUGAGAUUCUCUACGAACAGGCCGAGAAGCUUGGAUUCCCUCCCGUUUUGCUGGUGGACUGGCGACCGAUCGAAAAGUUCCUUAUUCUUUUCAUCCUCGACAACGAGGUUGCCGAACAGGUCACCAAGCCCUCGAAGCAGUACAGUACUAGCGUGCCGAAGCACCCCGCCAUCCAACAUCUGGCCCCUCUGGUCGGCGCACGAUCUCUCGUAACGACGGAUGGUGAGGAAUGGAAGGGACUGCGAAAGAGAAUUCUUCCCGGCUUUGCCCCAUCGCAUCUUCUCGGUCUAGUGAAGGUCAUCUUGGAUAAGUCGGAGACCUUUAUCGAGCUUAUGGAGCAGAAGGCUGCUACUGGCGAAGAGUUUACUAUCGACGAGUACACCACAAACCUGGCCUUCGAUGUUAUCGGUGAGUUUGAAAAGACACCUACGGAAUUUGGAGUGUACUCAUUGUUAAUGCCAGGCAUUGUCACUUUUGAUAUGGAUCUGAACGCUCAAAUCGAGGGCAAGCAAAGCGAGGUGUUACUUACAUAUCGCGCCCUAUCGCAAGCUUUCAACAAGCGUAUCCCCGGCAAGAACUGGAUGCGCGAAUACUUCACCGAGAACGAACGCACCAUCAGACGCCUGGACAAGAAGCUCGACGGCAUCCUCAAGGAAGAGAUCAAGAAGCAGCACAAGGAGCUCCUGGCCGGUGCCGACACCACAUCCCGCAGUGUCGCCACCCUCAGUUUACAAGGCAUUGACGUUCUGACCCCCGAGAUCCUCCAACAGACCAGCGACACUCUCCGCGGUUUCCUCUUUGCCGGCCACGACACGACGAGUAUUCUCCUGCAAUGGUGCUUCUACGAGCUUCACAGACGGCCUCAAUCUGCCAAGGAUCUGAAGGAUGAGCUCGACGAGGUCUUUGGCCCGGAUCAGAGCCCCAAGUCUGUCAUUGAGCAACUCAAGGGCCCCGAAGCUGGAAAGCUUCUGGCCCGCCUGCCUUACACCGACGCAGUCAUCAAGGAAGCCCUGCGCCUGCACCCUCCCGGAACAACAGCCCGCGUCGCGCCCCAAGGAUCCGGAACGACCCUGACCCUCCCCGACGGACAAAAGCUGGUCGUCGACGACCUCUGCGUGACCCCCAGAGCCUACAUCAUCCAACGCCACCCCAAGAUCUUUGGCGAGACCAAGGACGACUUCAUGCCCGAGCGCUGGCUCGGCGAGGAGGGCGCCAAGAUCCCGGACAGCUGCUUCAGACCCUACGAGAGAGGACCUCGUCGGUGCACCGGAUCCGAGCUCGCCAACUUGGAAGUGCGCAUCAUUCUGGCCUGCAUCGCGAGAUACUUUGAGUUUGUCAAGGUCGGGCAGGGCGAGCUGGACCUGGAUGAGAAGGGACAGCCCCAGCUUGACGAGAAGGGUUUCUACAAGACGAAGUCUGUCAUGUUCUCUACUCACUUGGUUACCGCUAAGCCUGUCGAUGGCAUGAAGGUGAAGGUCCAGAUCAAGGGACAACAAGCGUAA